AGUCACUGGCUCUGGGCAGCAGUGGGGACAACCAGCUUGGAGCCAGUGCCUGGAGCCAGCCUGGAGCCAGGCUCAGCCCUGGGGCUCUCACAGGCAGAUCUUUGUUGUGGACUUGGUGGCAGGUCCCAAGCAGCUGGCAAGGGGACAAGGAGGUGUCCUGGAGGGUGACAGCGCUGCUGGGUCAUCCAUGGGGCCAGGAAAUAAUGCUGGUGAUGAUGAAGUCAGCAGAGCUCUGUGUGCUCCCAGAGCUGGGACCUGCGUGGAGAUGGGAUGCUCCAGUCCCACCUCCCUCCAGGCAGCUUGUGGAGCUCGUGGCCAUGACUGGUGUGAUGCUGGAUGUCACCCAGGGGAAGUGACACAUGUGGUGUCCUCCACAGUCCCAUGUUCACCUCUCCCCACCACUGUCCCCACUGCUGGUGGCAGGAGGGGUUUAGCUGGAGAACCCCAGCUCAUGUGUUCAAACAAAUCACUGCAUGUGUGCAAAUGAGGUGGGGGCACCAGCAGCGCCAGGGGGGCUGUGAGGGGAUUCCUGUCCCAGGACAGUGCUGGGAAAGGCCUCUGCUGUGCUGACUCAGCAACUCUUCCUGCUGAGUCAGCAGGUGCAGCCUCACAUUGGGCCCAUGUGCUGGGGUGGGCACCCACACCCCCCUGGGCCCAGCUCAGGGGGUGCAGAGCUGAUGGGAACAUCCCCAAAAACCCCAAAAUGGGCUCCUCCCUGCAGAGCCAGGGAUCUCCAGAGGCACUGGGGCAGCCUGAGGCCACUGCCCCUCCUCACCUCGGGGCUUGGGGUGCUCAGCAGCACCCGGGGUUCCUGCCCUCUUCCUCAUCCCCGUGCCUCCCUCAAAGGACAACUCAGUGGCCUCCCCCUGUCCCCCUGCAUGGGGACCCCUGGGCUUGGGGAAGGAGAGGCUGGAAGCAACUGGGGAGGCAGAGGGAUGGGACCCCUGCCAGGCUUGUAAUUACAGCCCUGCCCAGGCCCUCGCAGGCGAAACCUGAGCCCCGUGGGGAGCAGGGGAAGCAGGAGCGUCCGUCUGCCAGCACAACUGUCUGUCCUGGCCCUGCUCCAUCUGGGUGGAUGCAGGGAACUGGGACCUGGAGCUCUCAUUUCCCCACUCUGGUAAGGCUGGAGUGCUGCAGGGCUACAUCCUGGGUGUGAACAUCUCUGCUGAUUGUGAGGGAGCUCAAAGGAGUCCCUGCAGGCCCCUGUGUCCUGUCUGUGCCACCUCCCCAGCAUUCCCAGCAGGGACCCUCCCAUCCCUGCUCACCAUCGCUGCCUCUGGGUAGGGAUGAAGCUCAGGGAGCUUGUGAGGAUGGGGAAGGGCCUGUUCCCCUUCUCGUUUUGGUUUUGGCAAAUGCUGCCCUGGCUGGCAAAGCCCUUCCAGGGCAGGGCCAUGACCCAGCACCCUGAGCCCCCUGUUCCUCCCCAGGUGACAGCUAUGGGGUGCUGCCCCGGCCCUGCCACGCGCUGGUGCUGCUGAAUCCACAGAGCGGCUCUGGCCGUGCCCUUGAUGACUUCCAGGCAGUGGUGCAGCCCAUGCUGGCCGAGGCAGACAUUGCCACCACUGUCUUCGUCACCGAAAGACCCCACCACGCGCACGAGAAGGUGCGAGAUGAGGACCUGUCGCAGUGGGACACAUUGGUGGUCAUGUCUGGGGACGGGCUGCUCUUUGAGGUGGUGAAUGGGCUGAUGGAGCGUCCAGACUGGAAGGAGGCCAUGAAGAAGCCGCUGUGCAUUCUGCCAGGAGGUUCUGGGAAUGCCCUGGCUGCCUCUAUCAACUACUAUGCAGGCUACGACCACGUCGCCAAGAAAAAGCUGCUGACAAACUGCACCUUCAUCCUGUGCAAGGGGCUGUACACGCAGAUGGACCUGGUGUCGCUGAGCACGGCCUCGGGCAAGCGCUUCUUCUCCUUCCUGGGCUUUGGCUGGGGCUUCAUCUCGGACGUGGACAUCGACAGCGAGAAGUACCGCUGGCUGGGCAGCGCCCGCUUCACCCUGGGCACCCUGCAGUGCCUGGCCAAGCUCAGGGUGUACCAGGGCCGCCUGUCCUACCUGCCCAUGGCCGCGGAGCAGGGCAGCUCCCCGGCAGCCCGGGACCCCCCCGCGCCCGUCACCAAUGGCCACAUCCCGCAGCCGGCGGGGACGGAGGCGCCCGGGCCCCUGCCCCCCGACUCGCUGCUGGUGCCGCUGGGCCAGCCCGUGCCGGCGCACUGGACUGUGGUCCCCGAGGAGGAGUUUGUCCUGGUCUACGCCAUCUACCAGUCCCACCUGGGCACCAACCUGCUGAUGGCACCGGCGGCCCGGCUGCACGACGGCUGCAUCCACCUCUUCUACAUGAAGGCCGGCAUCAGCCGCGUGACGCUGCUGAAGCUCUUCCUGGCCAUGUCCAGGGGGACCCACCUGGACUUGAACUGUCCCCACCUGUGCUACGUCCCCGUCCGGGCGUUCCGCCUGGAGCCGCGGGUGGCCGCGGGCAUCAUGACAGUGGAUGGGGAGGCUCUGGCCUGCGAGCCCGUGCAGGGCCAGGUCCAUGCCCGCCUCUGCCGCGUCCUCAGCGGCUCCUGAGCUCCCCGUUCGCCCUCCCUGCAGCGCUGAGCUGCCGGCACGGCCCGGCGCGAGGGUGGCAGAGCCUUCCUCCCACUCAGGAACCCCCUCCUUCCAUAGCAAUAGGUCUUGGGGGGGCGUGGGGCUCAUCCCCUCGCCUGCCCCCACGCUUAGCUUUACCCCUUUGGGGCAGCUACCAGUGCUGUUCCAAAAAUGAGCCACAAGCCCCAUCAGGUACUCGGUGCCGGCGAGAUGCCACCGUGGUUUAUCCUGGUACGAGGUCCCGGCCCCCAGGCGGCUGCGCCGGCACAGCCCCGUCCCCUCCCCGGCUCGGACGCACACGGUGGCAUUGCUGUGUCCCUGCCCCGGAGCCAGUGCCACCCCCAGGGUGGGUCAGGACCAAUAGCUCUAAUACAAAAUAAACCGACUUUUUAAAGAAUGUUUCUACCCGAAGCUUCCUGUAGAAGCGGAGUUUAUUCUUGUGAGAAAUGCAAAAUAAAUAUCUAGCGUUUGCAAAAAAUA